AUGGACACAGCCGCCCCUGCCAUCUCGGGCUCGCCUCUGCCCCAGACGCUGCCUCCGCUGCAGCCUCCCGCCUCCAACAUGCAGCCCACCAUGUACGGGAGCAACCCGCAUACGCCGCGGACGCCUGGCACGCCUAACACGCCCAGCUCGACGAACAACCUGCCCAGCUAUCAGCAGCAGACAUCGCAGCCUGGCGCCAGCCGCGGCCUCUACUCGAUGCCUCCCCAGAGCCAGUACCCUCCCCAGCCUGGAUACCCGAACUCGGGCGCCAUGAUGCCCCAGGCCUCGACGGCCUCGUCAGGCCCCCAGCCCAUCGCCCCGGCUCCCGCCGGUGGACGCGCUCCUCCCGUUCUGCGACCCAUGCCUCCCGGUGGCAUCAUGUCCCAGCAGACUGGCAUGUCGUCGCCCUACGGUCCCGGCGGCUCGCUAAUGCAGCCCCAGCCCAUGGUCCCCGAGGGAGAACAGCCUACUCACGUCGUCGGCUCCCAGGGCCGCAGGGGUAUUCUCCCUAGCGCUCCCGGCCGUCCUGCCGCUCCUACCGCCGGCAGCGGUGCCCCCAAGAGCGCCAUCGUUCCCAUCAAGGACGCUGACGGAAAGUUCCCCUGCCCUCACUGCACAAAGACGUACCUCCACGCAAAGCACUUGAAGCGCCAUCUCCUGCGCCGUAAGUACACCCCGACCCUUCUUGCCGGCCUGUCCUGGAAAGUUCUCGACCACACUGGCGACCGUCCCUACAUGUGCGUUCUCUGUCGCGACACCUUCUCGCGUAGCGACAUUCUGAAGCGCCACUUCCAGAAGUGUUCGAUUCGUCGCGGCAACCCCACUGGCGUCAGCCACCUGUCGCACCCGCAGGCUCACGUCAAGAAGGGCCAGAAUGCCCAGAAGGCCCUGGGUCCCGAGGGCGACCUCGGCCAGAUCAACGGGCUCAGCAACAUGCCCCCUCAGGAUAAUAUGGGCCACCCCUUUGGUAUGGUGCCCGUCUCGGACGGCAUGAACAACAUGGGCUCGGACCAGAAUCACCUCUCGCGCUCCAACAGCAUGGGCAGGAUGGACAACACCAACGGCUCUGACCGUAGGGCCAUGGGCGGUCACGUCAUGGGCGGUGCUCCCCAGCCUUACGGCAGUAACGAUGUCGCGCCCUCGAUGAGCAAUCAGCCCAUGCCCGGCUACAGCAUGCCUCCCGGCCAGAACGGCAUGCCCAUGUACGGCGGCUCGAACUCGAACCAACAAUCCAGUCUCGACUGGUCCCAGAUGUUCCAGGCUGACGCAGACCGUAACCAAAACCGUGCUUGA